CACGACAGCACCGUGCACCCAGUUUGAGAGUGCACGGAUGCCUAGGCGCGCGGGUACAGGAAAUGUGUGGUGACGGUGCGCGCAUCCACCUGGAUCUGUUUACCUGUGCCUGGCUUAUGGCGUCUUCUCACCUAGAAUUCCGUGAGAUAACUGUUCCACCGUGAAUUUUUACAUGUCACCAUUAUCUCUGAAAGCCCCCUUGUCAUACGGACCAUGACAGAUGUGCAUUACAUAAUCCGGGAUGUGUGGCCAGGGCCACCGCUGUGCUGGGAAGUGGAGAAGAGGGAGCACUGGCUGCAAGGCCUUCUCGCCUACUGGGUAAAGUUCUUUGGCUGAGAUGGAUGACAACAGUAUUAACAAAGAACUGAAGCAGAAAUUAAACUUCUCCUGUUUUGAGGAAGAGAGUGAGAACAAAGAGCAGAAGGAAGCACCGGAGGGCUGGGAGGCCCAGACCCUCACCCCAGAGCAGUCUGAAUCCAAGGAUUCAGAGGCCCCGUUUACACCACCCAGGAUACCCCUGAGGGACGCACACGGACUCCACACAUUUCAGGAAAAAGCCAAAGUGAGUCCAGAGCCUGGUUUUGGGACCCUGGUGUCAGAACCACCCAAGUGUCCUACAACACCAGCCCAGCCAGAUGACGGAAGCAAGCUGCUGUACUGCGAGAGUCCUGUCACUCCCAAAGGCCAGCCAAGCCAGUCCAUGAUUUCUUCAACAGGGAAGCUGCCCUCCCGAGGCUCUAAGCAUUUUAGGCUCACACCUGUCUCCGUAACAGAUGAAAUGACCUCAUUAGCUCUGGUUAAUAUUAAUCCCUUCACCCCAGAGUCCUAUAGAAAAGAGUUCCGUCAAUCCAGUGGCAAGAGGAAAAUCCGAGGAGAUCUCGAGGAAGCUGAUCCGGGGGAAGGCAAAGUAGAAGGGCUGCCUGCCAAGAGAUAUGUUCUACGAGAAACCAACAUGACUUCCCGUUAUGAAAAAGAAUUCAUGGAGGUAGAAAAGAUUGGAGUUGGGGAAUUUGGUACAGUCUACAAGUGCAUUAAGAGGCUGGAUGGAUGUGUCUAUGCAAUAAAACGCUCCACGAACUCUUUUGCAGAAUUAUCAAAUGAGAAUUCGGUUUUGCAUGAAGUGUAUGCUCAUGCGGUACUUGGUCAUCACCCCCAUGUGGUACGUUACUACUCUGCCUGGGUAGAAGAUGACCACAUGAUCAUUCAGAAUGAAUACUGCAAUGGUGGGAGCUUACAGGCUGCUAUAUCUGAAAACACGAAGUCUGGCAAUCACUUUGAAGAGCCAAAACUCAAAGACAUCCUUCUGCAGAUUUCUCUUGGGCUCAAGUACAUCCACAACGCUGGCAUGGUGCACCUGGACAUCAAACCAAGUAACAUCUUCAUUUGUCAUCAGAUACAAAGGGACUCUCCUAUAGUCCUAGAAGACAUUGAAAAUGAUGCUGAUUGGUUUCUCUCUACCAAUGUGAUAUACAAAAUUGGAGACUUGGGUCUUGCAACAUCAAUAAGUGAACCCAAAGUGGAAGAGGGAGAUAUUCACUUCCUGGCUAAAGAGAUUUUGCAAGAGGUAUAGAUUAGGGAAACGGAGGCUAUUUUAUAAUUCAUUUAACCUUUUGACU